CUAACGAACCAAGAGACCGAUGCAACAGAGCAACCAAUUGAAACCACACCUUUCACUGACAGCUCCGUCACAUGAAAAUAUUUUCUUCUUCUUUGGCACGGAGUUAUUUUUAUUCCUCUUUGCAUGGAGAUCUCUGUUUCUACUGUUUUUACAAAUAUUUUGUAUGGAGAGCACACAGGACUCCCAUUGAUGAGUUCAUAUUUUGCCAAAGGUGAUCCCAGGGAUCUUACCUAUGCACUACUUGUGAGCAAAUAUUUAGUUGGCCAGUUUUCUUCAUUAUUUGAGAUGUCUGGUUCACUUACUCAUGUUUGGUUCUCUUCUGACAACGUCCAAGACAUACAUUCAAUCCUGGGAGGUAUGGAAGCGACCUCAAAAAAGACGUACAAUCUUUGUGUGAGGCCACAGACACAAAUAGUACUCUGCUUUAUAAUGCAACUAGGGAAUUAUAACGACUGGUCCCUUUAGUCAAUCUUAUAUUUUGAAAGAACUCCAGAUUGCCCUGAAUAAUGUAUUUGCAUCAUCAGAUUAUCUCAGUUGUCCAUGUAAAGUUGUAAAAUACAGUAGCAAACAUGCCCUGCCAUGUAAUUAUCGCUUUCAAAGAGCAAAACAACUCAGUUCAGCAGAUUUCUACAACCUAUUCAA